UUACUCCUACGAUAUACAAACAUUUUGAUUUGAUUAUCAACUCUGACUCGGUCGAAUAUUGUGAACUGUGGCAGUAACCCCCUGAAUCUUUCAAUGAUUAGCCCGAUAUAUAUCGCGAUCUUUAAGUGACAUCAAUCAAAUCGGUUAAUAAAUAAAUAUUCUUUACAUUAUCCUUCAGGCAAUCGACAUGGAUCUUCAACUUCUUUCCAACAAUUCUAAUGGUGGACAACCACCCUCAUACAAUCAGGUUAUCGAAAUGAAUAAUUUUGCAAGUGUUCCAUUAAUGGAAGAAGCAUUUUCUUCGAGUAUAUUUGGUGCAUCACAAAGUGUCCUGUUUGAAUUUAAUUCUUCAGAUGUUUUCGGCUAUUCAUUUUUCAUUCGUGACAGUGCUGGAUCUCUUCAAGCCAAAGGAGAUGUACACGAUCUUGAUACUUCGGUACAAAAUAUAAACGGAAUGCAAAUGAUGAAAAUCAACAAAAAAGAGUCGAAUGAAUUAUAUGGAAAUAUUUCACACAAGUUCGACAUAUUACAUGAAGGUGUGGUCAUUGGUCAUGUGAUUGUAGCCGAAAAAUCAAACGUACAAGAGUGUCUUCGAAUCAUUAAUAAAAGUGCCAAUUCACAAAUCAUCGUCAGGUCUUUCAAAUUAGGCGAAUUUGCUAUAUUUCGUGACAGUUCAUCGGUAACUCCAUUAUGCAACAUACAAAUGUCUGUUGGAGAAAAUGAUUUUACCGGUAAAAUUAUAUUUCAUCCGGAAACAGGAAUCACAAGCUACGAGCAACUAUUGUGUACUGCUGCCGGAAUUGCUUUUAAAGUUUUAGUGAAACAAGUGAGUAAAAGAGAGGAUGGUGGUUGGCAAGGUUACGUUGGUGGAUGUCUUUGUGUAACUGUCCUCAUUGUAAUAAUGAUCAUAUCCUGGUUCGGCCUGGAAAAAUGGGGAUGCGAACACAAAAAAGCACAAGGUUAUGCGGGUUAUCGCAACAGAAUAUGUUGAAUUAAAUAUCGUCUACUGGAUUCCUGAUCGUCAAAGGAAUGUGAAAUUAUUUUAAUCUCCAUACAAUAUACAUUGUACAAUAAAUGAAACUACAGCUACCUCAAUGAAAAUUUACUCUUGGAAAAUGCAAUUAUUU